AGGAAAAUCUUAUACGAUUUUUUCUCAUAUUAAGAUAGACAUUGAACUUGUAAAGCAGGAAAUUUCAAACAAACAAAAGUCAAAAUUUACCACUGGGUAAAUUAAAAGAAAAUUUUAUAGAAAACCUUCAAAAUCAAUUUGCUGUUUAAUUAACCAUACGUCGUCUUAGCGCUGCCAACAUAUCAACCAACGAUCGAUCGAUCAUAAGUGGUUGGCAGAAGAUCCCGAAUAAUCGUAGCAACAGCCACCCAGCCAGCAACUCUUUGCCAAACGUAUAGAAACCAAAUAUUCAUCUAUCUAUACACGCACAUAUCGUCAUCAGAAAGAAACUGACAUCUCUAUAAAAUUGGACCAGCAAGCAAGUUGGUUACUACUGUAUAUAGGAGUCCGAGGGGCAUUAUUAACAUACGCACUUUUUGUUUGUAUUGUUGCUGUUUUUUCUUCAUAUUUUCGCCAUUAAACUAAACACGUACGCAAGGUGCGCGCGUUAGCCAGCCAGCCAGUGGUGACAAGUUCUAGUUUUUGUUUCUGUAAAACAAACCAAUAACAAACAGCAAGAAAAAAUUUGUCUUGACAUUUUUUUCUUCCAAAUCAACUACAUAAAUCUUCAAUAAAAAAAAACUAGCAGCAUAAUUUGUAUUAUUUAACUGCAGCAGCAACAAUAAAAUUAACAGCAACAACAAUGGAAAAAAGAAUAGAAUUGGAAAGACGCGCUCGUAAAGCUAAUCAAAUUACAGAAUUAAAUUUGGACAAUUGCCGGAGUACAAGCAUUGUUGGCCUUACCGAUGAAUAUACAGCGUUGGAAUCCCUAAGUCUUAUUAAUGUUGGCCUGACAACAUUAAAAGGUUUCCCCAAAUUGCCCAAUUUAAAGAAACUGGAAUUGUCAGAUAACAGAAUAUCAUCAGGACUCAAUUAUUUGCAUAGCAGCACAAAAUUACAAUAUUUAAAUUUAUCUGGUAAUAAAAUCAAAGAUCUAGAAGCCUUAAAACCCUUGGAAGAAUUUAAACAUUUAGCCAUACUGGAUUUAUUUAAUAAUGAAGCAACACAAAUUGAAAAUUAUCGUGAGAAAAUUUUCGAAAUGUUGCCCUCAUUAAGAUUUUUAGAUGGGUUUGAUUGUAAUGAUGUGGAGGCGCCCUCAGAAGGUGACGACGAAGAAGAAAAUGGUAAUUAUACAACAGAUGAGGAAGACAAACAAAAUGCAUUUAAUUUCAAUGGUUUAGAAAUUGAUUUGGAUGAAUUAGAAGAGUUUGAAAAACGUGUCAAAGCAAAGCGUGAAGCAAAAUUGCUUCAACAAGAAAACACUACAGACCAUCUUCAAACUGUGGCAAAUGAUAGUAGAGUCAAUGGGACUGACAAUGCCACUGCUGAUGUUGAUGCGGAAGUUGAUGAACUAGAUGAGUAUCUGAAAACUUUAAAAUUAAGAGAACAGCAAAGCGAAAAUGAUAAAGUUUCUGCUACUCACACGAGUACAUCUAGCGAUACAGAUACACUGCAGUCGACUGCAAGUUUUGCUCUAUUAUUAUAUUGGUUUUUAGCAAUUUUAAAUUUAGCCAGUGCCACAUUUAGUAAUAAUCUGGAUUCAGAUGACAAUGAGGAGAAUGAAGACAAUGAUAGCGAAGUCUAUGGCAGUAGCGAUGAUGAAGACAAUGAUGUUUCCUUGUCUGAGGUCUACAAUGAUGAUUUAGAAGAGGAUGAGGACGAAUGGGAUGAAGAGAAUGCUGUCGAAAAUGAUGAGGAUGAGGAUGAAGAUAGUGAUGAUGAUGAAGCCAAUGAAUCGGCUGUGGCAAAUGCCGAUAAAGUUGCUGGUGAGGGCAAUGCUGCUAGUGCCGAUGAAACCCAGUCACGGGGUAAGAAAAGAAAGCAUGAAGGUUAAAGAACACUUCUUCAUAAAAUUCUCGGUUAAUCAUCCCGUUAUUUUCCAUGUGUUUUUUAUUAAAUCUUUAUACAUCGUCGUUUUUAUAUUAAUGGAUCAUAAUUUUACUUUAUAAAAAAAACAAAUACAAAAAAAACAUUUGCAAGUUUUAUUUUUCGUAUAAGAAAAGCUGAAACAAAAUCAAAUUAAUAUUUAAGUAAAAUAAAAACCAACAACAAAUAAAAUUGAGAGAAAAUUAACAGUUAAACUUUAAAAUACCCAAAACACCACUUUUUAAGAAAAACAAAAAAAAAAUAUAUAUAAAUAAUAAAGGAUUUCAUUUACAAUUAUUACAAAAUAGAAAUAUUUACAAAACACACCAACCACAACAGACACAAUUUUUUUUUUUCAAAGAAUCAUAAGAAAAUAUUAUAUUAUAGUAUAAAAGAACAAUAGCAAUUACAACAAAUAAAGAAAGUAUGUAACUGUAUUUAAUAGAAAGAAAAUAAACUAAAAUUUCCUUUUUUUUCAAAACAAACAAACACAUAACCAUGUUUAGAGAUAAAAACAAAAUUUGCAUGUAUUUUAAUUUAGUUUAAAUUGUGUAAAACAAAUAAAAAAAACAAAACAAAUCUUCAACAUUUCAACACUUUUUAAGUCCCCUCCCUUUAUAUAUAUUUACAUUGAAAUAAAACUUAAUAAAAUAUCCAAGUUGUUUAGUUUAUAACAAAAAGACAACAAAUAGUAAUAAAACAAAAA